CCACAUCUUACCCUCCACCAACACACCAAUGUAACCGAUGUCAUUCAUCCCCCGCCAUGCCUUCCCGCAAAUCCCGUCGCUGCCUCGGUCCUACUUCCUGGGCCACCACAAAGCUGGCCUGGCGAAGAUGAAAUCGCUUCUCUCCUCCAUCGACCUAGUAAUCGAAUGCCGCGACUACCGUGUCCCACUCACCUCGCGCAACCCGUUGUUCGAGGAUGCACUAGAAGGAAAAGAGCGAGUCAUUGUUUACACGAAGAGGGACUUGGGCGGCGGAUCGCGCGAUAACCGGAACGAAGAUGUCAUUGCGAAAUGGCACCGUCCCACCACAACCAUGUUCGUGCGGAACGGGAAAGAAGCCGAGGGCGAGAUCAGCGGACGGAAGAGCGUGAUCAAGCUCCUGGAUAUCCUAAGAGAACAUGCGCAGAAGAGGUGGAAGCUAGUCGGCCACCGCGUCAUGGUAGUCGGCAUGCCCAACGUGGGUAAAUCCACGCUCCUCAACGCCCUUCGCGCACAAGGAAUCGGUCGAGGAAAAGUCGCAGCCACGGGAGCGCAACCAGGUGUAACGCGCAAAGUCAGCAGCAGCGGCGUGAAGAUCAUACCGAGUGAAGACGACAUGGAAGCAGCGGAGGCAGCGGCGAAGAAGAAGCUUCAAGGCGUGGGCGGAGGUGUAUAUCUCCUCGACACACCCGGUGUUUUCAUCCCGUAUGUCCCUGACGCAGAAGCCAUGAUGAAACUAGCGCUCUGCGGCUCCGUCAAAGAUACCAUCAUCGCGCCUGUUAUGCUCGCGGAUUACCUCCUCUACCACCUCAACCUCCAAUCGCCGUCGCUAUACUCGGAAUACGCUCCGCCUACCAACGACAUCAUCGAGCUCCUUACUGAGAUCGCGAAGAAGACUGGUAGGCUGGGUAAGGGCGGGGUUAUAGAUACGGAAGCGACGUCGCUGUGGAUGAUUCAGAAGUGGAGAGGUGGGCAUAUGGGUCGUUUUUUGUUGGACGAGGUGGAUGAGAAGAGUUUGGUGAAGGCGAAGAUUGACGAGGAGGGGCUCACGCCUAGUUUUAAUCAGGCGAGGAAGGCGGAGAGGGAAAGGAGGAGGGAGAGGAACAAGGCGAGGGGGGAGAAGUAGGAUGGUGAGCAGGAGUGUUGGGGGCGUGUGGCACAGUUCCUGCAAAGCGUCUAGUACGCAUGUUUAAUGUAACCACGGCCUAAUCAGAUCACGGCUUUGAAGGGAUUUCUAUGAUAUUUGAGCUCUACAAUCGUCCUAUACCGCAUCCAGGACAAACGAUGGUGCAAUUAACCCAUAGGUUAGACCAAAAUCCCCAUCUUACAGCUCAACAACUUCGCGAAAUCACCACUUUCUCCAUGCUAUCCUUGUUUCACAUCCUUCAACCAGAUCUGGGCGA